AUGUGGCGGGAGCUGCUGCAGGGCGAGUGGAUGGUGGAGACUCCCGCUGCCCACAGCUAUGCCCCGUGGUGCCCAGCCUGCCAGAACCUGCAGCCCGAGUGGGAGAAGUUUGCCGAGUGGGGCGAGGACCUGGAAGUGAACAUUGCCAAAGUGGAUGUCACGGAGCAGCCGGGAUUAAGUGGACGAUUUAUCAUAACAGCUCUUCCUACCAUCUAUCACUGUAAAGAUGGACAGUUCAGGAGAUACCAGGGCGCAAGAACAAAAUCUGAUUUCAUAAAUUUCAUCAGCGACCAGGAAUGGAAAUCUAUUGAACCGGUUUCAUCAUGGUUUGGUCCUUCCUCUUUCCUGAUGAGCAGUAUGUCAGCUUUGUUUCAGUUGUCAAUGUGGAUCAGGCACUGCCAUGGUUAUUUAACAGAAAGCGUCGGAAUACCGGUCUGGGGCUCCUAUGCUAUUUUUGCGCUGGCAACUCUAUUCUCGGGUCUAAUACUGGGACUUAUAAUGGUGUUCUUGGCAGACUGUAUCUGUCCAUCCAAAAGGCAGAGACCACCACAAUACCCUUAUUCAAGAAAACUAGCUCCAGAGUCAGCUCAGCUGCUGAAAAAGCUGGACGAAGAGCAAGAAGCAGAUGAGGAAGAUAUCUCAGAUGAUGACACAGAGGGUAAAGAGGUGUCCAACGGAGACUCGUCACCGAACACCGUAAGGCAGCGCGCAGUGAAACCUGCUGCUGCAGUGGAUAAAUCAUAGCUUUAUUUGAGGGCAGGAUUAGUGUCACCAGCUC